AUGUCGUGGCUCUUUGGUUCAUCCAGCGGCAAGGCUGCAGCCGCUAACCCAGACACCAAGUCCCAGGCCUCUCAAGGAGAGAAGCCCAAGCCCUGCUGCGUUUGCAAAGACGAGAAGGCCGCCCGCGAUGACUGCAUGCUCUUUUCCAAGUCCGACGACCCUGCCAAGGAGUGCCAGACCUUGAUUGAUCAGUACAAGAGCUGUAUGCUCGGAUAUGGCUUCAAGGUCUAG